AUGACCCUUUCACGACCUACCUGUAGCUACCUUCUAAUAUCAUUUGUCGCGAUCGCAAAAUGUUUCUCAGCUUCAGAUGCUCAAAUAUUGAAUACGUUUGAGGAAUUCCACAGCCUCCGAAACGGUGCCACUGACAUAACACGGGUACAGAGCAUAGAUGUGGUGAAAGCAGCAGAUGAAUCAACAACACCAAUAUGCAAUCUCGCCAUGAUGAUGCCCUUCUUUGACCUUAGACCCGGCCGGAUACGACUGCUAGAAAAUGGAGUCUUUCAGGCCAUGGCUGCUGUCAUGCUCGCGAUUGAGCACUUGAAUACAGGCAAUGGGACCCUGGUGGCAGAAGUGGAAGGAUUAGAUCAACGAUGCCCAAUCAAGUUCAACCUGGAAUCAUUUGACAGUGGAUUAUAUGAAGUCGAGACUGUCAACCACGUGAUUACACUGGUUUCAAGACAGCCUGGGAUAGAACGAGUCCCAUGUGCUUUUCUUGGGGCCGCCCGAUCCGCGGUUUCGAUACCGUCUGCUACAAUAUCUAGCUUGAAAGGAUUUCCGCAAAUAUCUCCAAUAUCCACCAGUUCUAAGUUGGACAAUCCCAGAUCUUUCCCCCUGUUUGGACGAACCAUUCCAUCUGAUUCUGGUACCUCUGUACCUGCGAUUUUGUAUCUGCGGAAUAAGCUGGGUGUCAAGAACCUAGUCAUCAUGUAUGUAACCGAUGCCUACGGAGAUGCAUAUGCACAGGGGCUGCGAAAGGCGGCUGAAAAGUAUGCGCCAGAUAUGAAGAUUCAGACGGUGGAGUUUCCAUUUGAAAUCACUCCAGAAAUUGUGACAAGAACUGUGAAACGAGUGAAAGAAACAAAGUACCACUACGUUUUCUCCAUCAUGUUCAGCACUGCUCACUAUGAUGCAUUCAUGACAGAAGCAUAUGACCAAGGUAUUGCAGGUGACGGCGAUCACUUCUGGAUGUUUUCUGACUCGGUUUCCACCAGUAUUUUUGAAAGGACAUUUGAAAUUGGCUCGCCACUUCACCUGGCUUCCAAAGGAUGCUCUAGAAUCAGUGCCGUCGCUGGUAUCGAAGGUGACGAGCGGUACGACGCAUUCAUUCAAAGUAUGGCUGAUCUGAACAAUCCAAACGACAUUGCCUUGCUUCAAUCUGUACACCCACAGCCGCCUGAAGGAUUUGAUCCAAUUCAAAUCGCGGACGACACUCAAACCUUCUUUGCCAAAACUAACGCAGCUGUAGUGGCCUUCAUCUAUGAUGCUACAAUCGCUCUGGGAUUAUCAGCCUGUCAAGCGGGUGGACAAAAUGAAGCCUUUUUCGACGGCCAACAACUUUACGACGAGUUUUUGAAGUGUGACUUUUUGGGUGUGACAGGAAACAACACCUAUGACCAAGUCACAGGAACAAGAGUGACAGAAUCGGCACGUUUCUCGUUGCUCAAUGUUGUGGAAGAGGAACCUGAAAUAGAAGGAGAAAACACAGUCAGACUGAAAGCAGUGGUCAGUGAUGCAUUCCCGAACGGUUCAUGGGAAGAAGUCGUACCAAUUAGAUUCAAUGAUGGAAGUACGAUUCCCCCACCAGACUUGCCACCUGUGGAAAUGGAUAUGAACUACAUUGGCUGGGCAUUGCGGCUCACUGGUUGGUUAUCAGCUGUGUUUAUUUUCAUUUCUACGAUUUAUCUUGCCAUGUGGACUUACAAAAAUCGUAACAAGAGCGUGGUGUUGCAAACCCAGCCAAUUUUUCUCUAUCUGAUAUGUGCUGGCUGCUUCAUAAUGGGUAUUGGAAUAUUUGGUGCCGGUAUUGACGACGAAAUUGCAUCGCCCGCGGUAUGCAAUGUUGUUUGCGCGAUGUCGCCGUGGUUCUUUUGCAUUGGUUGGGUUCUAGCAUUCUCAGCGCUUUAUGGGAAAACAGCAUGUAUCAAUCGAUUCUUUCAUUAUCCGGUACCCGAACUCAAGAUUAAAAUCCAAAAGAUUGACCUGUUCGCACCUGCCCUUGGACUGAUGACGAUAGUGACAAUUACACUGUUGGCUUGGACCGCAAGAGCUCCGCCAGACUUUAAGAGAACGAUUUACGAAUGGAACAGUUUUGGUCAACCUACCAAGAGCCGGGGCCUUUGCGCUUAUGAUGGCGCAGUCCCAUAUGCAAUCGCCAUCGGCUUUGUUUUUUUGAUCAGCGUCGAAAUUGCCAUCAGACGAGCGUACGAAGCACGAAAAGUGGCUGUUGAAUUCGCAGAAACAGAGUACAUUGUCCUGACACUGGUCACAAUCUGUGGUAUUGCCAUGUUUUUUAUCCUCCUUUGGUUCCUUCUGGAUCAUGACCCGGCGGCUCGCUUUGUUGUGAUUGCAGCCCUAAUAUUUCUGGUCAGCAUGUCAAUGCUACUUCUCAUCUUCAUACCGAAAAUUCGCUUCAAGACGCAAGUCAAGCGACAAACGAAGGAAAAUACUGCAUUUGGAGGUUCUGAGGGACGAAUCAAUAUGCAGCACGGGGGUGCCAAUGUGGCUAUCACGGGCUUGGAUUUUUCAACAAAUAAUGGCCAAUCGACCAUUGAUGAUGAUCCUGAUGCGGCAGAACCAACCAAACGAGAAUCGGCGGGCAUGAUUGUUUUGGCACAUCCAAAGGAAGUAGACAUGCUGAAAGGGGAAUUCAAAAGUCUAAAGAAAGAGUAUGACGAGCUCAGAAGAAACAAGAGUAACAGACCAGCAACAAAAUCAGAGCGAAGCUUGGAUAGCAAUAAGUCGGAGUAG